GUCUCUUUUCAUUCGCCGUUUGGAGCGCGCUCGAAGUGGUUGCUUGGAUUACGGUUAUUCGGCCGCGUGUAUUAUUGGUGAUUGUGUUUCCCACACCGGUAGAAAUCAGAACCGUGAUUGUUGUUGCGUGAGUGCGGACAGAAGAAUAGCCGGCAUUGGUCCGGGGUCCGGUCUGUGUUCUGUGUUCGGUUGUUGGGGGAGAACAAAAAUUAUUUUCACGUCUGUCCGUCGAUUUGGUUUGGCAAUAAGCAGCGCGCGGUGACGGGAUUUGAAUUAUUUAUGCUUUUAUUCGUUCCGGUUCGAAGAACAUGCCGCCACUCAGUGCACAGUGGUGAAGUGUUGGGUUACGCCCUCAGUCGAGAUAUUCAGAAGCUAGAAGAAGCCAAAUUCCGGCGGAGUUCGAUAGGGGCCUUGAGAGCCCAGUGAAAGGAUUGUGUUCUUUUCCGCGUAGAACUAAUGUGACUACUAAGUUUUAGUACAGUUGUUGAUCCUGGUGGUGAUUUGUGGACUGUGGUCGCUGAAACCGUUUGCCGAAUUUUGAGGUUUGCUGAGUUGAUUUUCGUUGACCGUGGUGUGCCUGAUGGAAAUAGUGUUGAAACUGCAGUUUAAUCCGUCUCUAUUAUUAGGUGGUUGUUAUCGUAAAUUACGCUUGAUAAGACCUACGGAAACUGCUCUAAACCCCAUGUAUAAGAAAAGGCGUAUCUUCGUUCAGUGAUAAACCAUCCGUCGUUGCGUGAUGCUGUUAAGAUCUAUUUCAGCAAAAACCGUACUCCGUCCGUGACACCAGUGAUUGCAGCGAAGUUUUCGCGGCUUCAAAAUUGUUUAGAAAACCGGAAACAAGUUGUAAUAAAAAGUGUUUUUAUCUCGACUGCAGAAUCUCCAGCAGCAGCAAAAGAAAACGCGCCAAAGCCGCUCACUUCAGGGCUCCGAAGCAGUGCAAACCGACUGGUACCCCCUAUUGCAUCAAGUGAUUCACCCGUACGCUCGUUGGUCGGUCAGGCUCCAGUGAGUUCUAUGAAAAAAAGCGCAGGGUUUCGAUUAUAUUUUUCGACUAGGUAUGAGAAAUAAAGUAUUGUGCAAAACCGUAGUAGGCCGUGGUGCUGUCUAUUGAAACAUGGCGGCCGUCGUUUUCCGCCCAAAACCGUCGCCAACCGUCGAACAACGGCCAACAAAAAAGGCCCGAAGCGCCGCGACGCAAGUUCAGUUAUGUUGAAAACAGUUGGCAUCGGUUUCACCUAACGACCGGCUUCCGUCACCUCCGCCGCCUACUGUUCGAAGGCUGACAAAGUGCUAAAUCAGCUGUUGAGAGAAGAGAUAUAGAGCAGAUAUAGUGCGGUUCGGUUGUUUGGCGUGACAAUAGAAAGUGGCCGUGUACCGAUUCUGUUGUCGAGCUUUUUUUCCUUCGUUGGUACAUUUGCUGCUAUUGUGUCGCGUGUUGCAUUCGAAGAGUUAUUGCUUGCUACUGUCUGUGCAAAAUUUUAUUGUUUGAAGAAGAAAAGAUAACCGAACGAAGAGAGUAGACGUCCGGCUCUGAGCUCCUACGAGUCAAGGUUAUUUGGAUAUUGCCAAACUCAACCUCCUGUCUUUGUGGAGUCUUUAUGCCGCAGUGUGGCUUUACCGGUUUUUUGGGGCUUUGAUGUGAUUCUCUUAUACUUUAUGUGUUUGAUGUGAUGUGCUUGAUACACGAGAUCACCCGCAGCUACUAGUGUUAUGUUGUGUGAGUUCUAUAGAAGAAGACGAAAAUUACGAUAACGAUAUUGAAGCAAAGUACAUACCGAUAAAGUGUGUGUCGACGACAGCAACCCAGCAAGUCAAGGCAGCAGUGUUUGUUCAGUGUCCAAAUGUUUCCCACCUACAAAUAUCUGUGGCGAAUAUCGUUUCCUGUUCAGUGAGACGGCGUACGAUAAACCGUGAUCUCGCGGAAACAGUAACGUGCAACAACGUGGUGUGACAGAGGGAAAAACAGCAAAAAAAAAUGUCCAAAACGAUCGAAACGCGCCUGCAAAGCAACGAGGUUCGAAUUCCGAAGAAGACGGAAUUCGACGUGUCCUCGUCGGCAGCGCCCAGUCAAUACUUCAAGAGUUCCUUCGCCCGGUCGCUGUCCUUUAGCCAGAGUGGAGGCAGCCCCUAUGGAGCUGGCGGUUCCGAUCAGCACCAUUUCACUCGAUCCCUGGACUUCGAGGUGAACUUCGGGUUGGCCACCAUUCCGGAUCAACCGUCUUCAGCUGUUAGUUCGUCGCAAACUACACCGUCCGCUUCGCCGGUUUACGAUCCGGAACGCGAUGGGACCAAUGCCAGAACUAAACUGGUGAACGGAAUCGCCACCAGCAACGGAGGGGUCGUCAAGACGCUGUGGAACUACUCCAAGGGAUCGGACUCCAGAACGGCCUCUCCGGCAGGAACUCCAACGAAACUCUCGAUGGCAACCGUGGCUGCUACAGCAUCGCUGGUCUCGUCCCAUCCACCCGCAUCUUCAGUGUUGCCGUCCGGCUCCGGCUCAUCGUCGUCUACGCGAAAGAGCGUUGAAGCCAACGAAAUCGAAGUUCUACGACUACGAAAGGAAUGCCAAAAUCUCAUCGAGGAGAAUCGCCGUCUGGUGAACCUGGCCGCCAAUAGCGGAUAUGCUAUCAACGGUGUGAUGAACGGUGCUGGCAGCUCCAGCAAUGGCACCAAUGGGAUCCUCGGCAGUGGUGGAGCAGGAAGCGGAAGCGGUAGCAGUAGCCUCUCGAACCUUGGGCUGGGGCUUGCCGGAGGAGGGCCGACCUAUUCCAACGUGGAAACUGUGAUUCUGCAAACGCAGGUGGAAACUCUUCAGUGGCAACUGAAACAGGUUGACUCCAGCCGACAUAUGUACCGUGCCGUGAUGGAAGAGGUCGUACGCUACCUGGACCGCUGCUACCGAAGUCUGGACGCAUUGCAACCGAACGUCAUUGGGCGAUCAAAAAGUGUCCUCCAAGUGUCCAAAGUGCACACUAGCAGCAACAACAACAACAGCAUCAACCACGACUCGGACAGUAGCAGUGCCAGCAGUCCCCGAGCCCGCAGCAGCACCAACCUUAACGAUGUGCAAAAAUCCUAUACCAAAAAGCAACAGGAGCUGUUGAGCCAUCACCACCAACAACAACAGCUUCAAUCGCAUCCCGCCACCAGUUCCGGUACGGCUACUCCGCUGCUGGACGAGGAUUAUGCCCCGCCUUCACCUGCCAGCUCGUACAGCACUUUUCGUGAUUUUACAUGGCGCCGUUCGCCGAAACGCACCCAGACUCUGCCAAUUUCCAGCGUCGAAGUUGAUCCGGAGAAGCUGGCCCAGGAAGCGUUCCGGCUGCUGCGGACGGUCCAGAAUCUGCUCAACACCCAGGAACCGACACUGUCGCAAUCGUCAACCGCCCUCGAUAGUCUUCUGUUGGCCUCGGCGGCUGGUUCCGCCACGGGGAGCACUUCCACCUUGACGGGGGUGGGCGGCGCAUCAGGGGGACCCUCAUCGGCAACUGUCCACCACCAUCACCAUCACCACCACAUGCCGGGAGCCGUUGAAGCCAUGUACGGUGGGGUGGUCAACGCCAGAAGCAAUGUGGCCUUCAGCCGGAAGCUGAACAUGCGAGGAAGUCGACUAUCGCUGAGGAGCAGUACAGAUGACUCGGUGCAUUCUACGUCAUCUUCGAACAAAACCGAAACCGAUGAAGACAACACGGAUAGACCUUCGCCUCCACUGGGUCAUCACUUGCACCAUCCUUUGGUGCAUCAACAUCAGAACAGUGGAGGAAGUAGCAGUAGCAGCAGCACCACCAGCAGCAAUAGUGGCCAUCUAAUCAACCACCGUCACAGUGCAAACAUCGACCGAAUUAAGGAGAUGAUGAUCUCCAGCUCGGCAGAAGACGAAAGUGGGUUCAGCUCGAUGAACUCCUUCCAAGAGAUUGGCCUGCCACUAAUAAACUCUACCAUACUGUCGUCGUCUUCCGCGGCAUCCUCCACAACGGGUGUUUGCUCGGCCGAUUCCAAUUCAUCAGCAGCUUCCUCAACGGGUUCGGUAUCCUUCGUAUCGGACGAAUCGUCCGACAUGCGAGAUAACACCGUCAUCCCAACCAACAACGCAACGACGAUCGCCAUAAACCCACCAUCUACUGUGUCCUCCUCGUCAUCCAACUCUACCCUCACCAACACCAGUAAACAGCUCUCGGACAAGCUGGGCAUUCCCUCGUCCUCUUCCUCCAAGGCGCCGGAAAUUCCAGCCCGGAUAACGCAAUCCCCAGCCUACGAGCACCACAACCACUUCAUCAACCAUCGACGGUGGGAUUCGGCCCCAGUGGUGCCCCCGAAGCUGAAACUCCACGGCACCGAUUCGGAUGGGGGCGUUUCUUCGCGGGUCCUGUGGGUGUAGCGGUGAUAGAACCCGGCCCACAUGGCGAGAGCUGUAGCCUUGUCAUCGCCGACACUCUCCUCGCAUAUGCGCUUUCUUUUAAGUAUCGCCUGCUGUAGACUCUCUAGAGCAACUAACUCCAGAAAGUAGUCCCAAGGCAUUCGUCAUGGCAAAAAAGUCCUAAAUUCAAAAACCCCUUACUCUUUUAAGUAUUUAUAUGUUCUUCAGAAGUUCUUCCAAUGUGCGUUGUUUUUGGAUGUUGCCGAAGCGUUGUUAGUAAAGAUCAGUAAAAUAUUGCAUUUAUUUAGGGGACGUAUAGUUUUAAAAUGUGUCACGGUAGCGCCCGGGAGAGAUCCGGAGUCCCCGGUACGGCAUCAUUGUAAAUUUUACCAGAAAUCAUAUUUUAUUACCAAAGCUAAUAAACUCAAAAAGGAUAUUCGCGCGCGGAGAACGCUCACGGAUGGUGAAGCGUUUCACAAUAGACUCGAGUCGUCUAUAAAGAAACGCUUUACCCCACGAUUCGAGCAGAAAACGGAUGGAAAUUUGCUUUAAUAUCCAGGAACUAAUAUUUUAAUUGCAAUAGACGAUAAACUAAUGAGCAUUUAUAUUACUCGUGUACUUAAUCUAUAACAUUACUACUAUACUAUUUACUAAGGAUCACCAUUAUUACUUUAGUAAGUUUAAGUGUAAAACUGCUACCCGUCGUAAGAGGAAACACCAAUAGAUUAUUUUACUACAACUUGUAUUGUACCGCAGCGAAGCGAAUCGAUUACAUAAAUUUACAUGUAUCAAGUCGAAUAUCUAAUGCUAUUAUAUUAUGAAUGUUUGUGAUAAUUUAUUGAUUCUUUUGGAAAUCCGUUAAUUUGUCUGUUCCCUGAUUGGAAAAUGCCACUAUAUAUGUAAAUUUUAAGUUUCGAAACUGCAAAGCCGUGUUGUACAAAUUUGCGUUUGCCGCGGGAGGCGAUGAUGCAAAAGAGCUCCCAAUCACCCAGCAAUCCUUAGCCCCACUAAUCGCGAAUCGUUUUUUUAUAAAAAAAAACACCUCUCGAUGACCGUCAUUUUACUUGAAUGAAAAUGAGAGUUACUAGAAUCACGAAUCAACGGAAUAGCUAUCUUUACCUGUAGCAACUAUUACCACUAGAGCAGACUAGCUAACUAUCCUACAAUUAUUGCAACUACAUCCAGUACACACAAACAGAAACACUACUGCUACAGCAAAACUUAAGCUCUACUGCGUAAACUUAAAAUAAUGUUAUUACCUAGUAUAUACGGAAAAAUGCCAAUCGGAAAAAGCAGAAAAAAGAACAUUAAUAAAACCAUUCAUAUAAA